AUGCCAAGACGUGAAGCAAUUCGGACGUUGUUAAACUUGCAAGAUCCAACUAACGCUACCAAACUUGGUGCUUGUCUUCCUACUCCUCCUCCUACCGAUUGCAGUGACAGUUGUAGUGGUAAUUGUGGUUGUAAUUGUGUUGGUCCUCCUGGUUGUGUUGACAUUUUCACUCUGUUAUUCGUACAUUCACUUCCAUUCUCUACUUUAUGUUUUGUUUCUGUUAUAAUACCAGAUGAAGAUCUCAUAUAUAUAAAUGAACGUUUACAAUUAAAAGUACAUAUGAAUCGUGAAGAUGCAUUAAAUUCAAUUAUCGAAUUAGAAAAUUAUUAUAUAGGUCUCAAAAAUAAUUUACAUGGUUCACCAUCAGAAAUGGUUGAUGAAGCCUGGCAUGCACAUAUAUUAAAUACACCAAUGUACUUUCGUUUUUCUACGGCAGAAUUUGGUUCAUAUCUGCAUCAUAUACCAUUUUGGUCUGGUAAUAGAAAACAGAUAGGCCAACUGAAUGAUGAUAUAUCAAUGCUUGAAAAAUUAAAAAAAUUGGGCAUUGAAAAUAUAAAUGAAACUGUCUGGACAUAUCGAUCGAAAAAAAUGAAGAACUAG